CCCUGAGAGUGUGUGUGGGCUAAACCCUUCCGGCAAUGGCUGUGGAGAUAGACAAGCUUCUCCACGAUGAAGCUGCUUGCAUAGCCCGUUUUUACCGGAUUAUUCUCAGUUGGGACUUCUUCCGCAUAACCCAGGAAGCCGACAAAAGAAAUAAGGACAAGGAAAAGAUAGAUGAGAGCUUGGGAUUUGGACAAGUCAAGGACAGUUACGCAGACGUUGAUGACUAUAUCUCUACUUACGAGCCUCUUAUUUUCGAAGAAAUCAAAGCUGAGAUUGCUUCCAACAAGGAUCAGUUGGGAACAGGCAAGACAACCUGUGUGAAGGAAUGCAAGGAAGAGGAUGGGUUUUACAUGGCUACUGUUUUUGUUGACUUGGAUGGUGGCCAUGAUGAACAGACAAAAGUGAAGCCCAAUGAUCUUUUUCUGUUGUCGAAACCACUUUGGUCCAAACAAACGGUUCCAGAGGAGAAUUCUUAUAAGAAAUACGCAUUUGCAUUGGUGGAAAGUCGCACAAAAGAAUCUAUAAAGCUUAGAAUGUAUUUGGCUGGAGAAGUCAGAGACUUGAAUACAGAUGCAAUUCAAUAUUGUCCGAGGCUGGCACAAGUGCGGUCAUUGGUUACUUCUAAUGGUGAAGGAGACAGGCUUUUUGAUGUUACAAAGAUUUGCAGUUUAUCUACUACUGCUCGUGAAUAUAUAGCUUUGCGGUCAAUUGGUUCUGUCCCUUUUAAGGAUUUGAUACUUGCACCUUCUGAGAAAAAUCUUGAUGCAGAAGACCAAGCCUGGAAAGUUUCUGGACCUCUUGAGGAAUAUAUAAAAGACAAUCUUAAUGAAUCUCAACAAAAAGCCAUACAGGCCGGUCUAUCACGAAAACCAUUCAUCCUGAUACAGGGUCCUCCAGGAACAGGAAAGACACAGACUAUCCUUGCGCUUCUUAGUGCCAUUCUGCAUGCUACUCCUGCAAGAGUAAAAGCCAGGGUUGCACUGCUAGACAUAAAGCAUCAGCAGAAGUUAUCUAUUCAGGAGAAAUUCAAUCAUUGGCAACUAGCGUCUCCCUGGCUUAGUGGUAGCAACCCUAGAGAGAAAACAAUGCCUGUUAAUGGCGAUGAUGGUUUUUUUCCAACCACUGGAAAUGAGUUAAAACCAGAAGUAGUCAGUUCUACCCGUAAAUAUCGUGUACGUGUCCUUGUCUGUGCUCCUUCAAACUCUGCACUCGAUGAGAUUGUAUUGCGUGUUAUGAACAAUGGUGUGCGGGAUGAAAGUGACCGUUCAUAUAGUCCCAAAAUUGUGCGGAUUGGGGUCAAGGAACAUCAUUCUAUCCGAUCUGUCUCCAUAAAUGAGCUGGUACAAAGAAAGAAAGGAAGCAUGGGGGGUGCUAAACUAGAUGGAGGUGAUGAAGCACUUCGAGCUGUAAUUUUGGAGGAGGCCAUAAUUGUCUUCUCGACCCUCAGUAGCAGUGGUUCAGCCCAUUUCGGUAAAUUUGAUCGUGGUUUUGAUGUUGUUAUAAUAGAUGAAGCUGCACAGGCUGUUGAACCCGCGACUCUUGUUCCAUUGGCGAAUGGAUGCAAACAAGUAUUUCUGAUAGGUGACCCUGUUCAACUGCCCGCUACUGUAAAGUCUCCCAUUGCUGUGAAAUUUGGGUAUGGAAGGAGUAUGUUCGAGAGAUUUCAGCGGGCUGGAUAUCCAGUGACCAUGCUGAAGAUGCAGUAUCGUAUGCAUCCAGAGAUCAGAAGCUUUCCUUCUGGAGAGUUUUAUGCAGACUCAUUGGAAGAUGGUCCUAAUAUCAGAGAGCAGACAAAGCGUUCAUGGCAUGAGUAUAGCUGCUUUGGACCAUUUUGCUUCUUUGACUUGCAUGAAGGGAAAUCAGUCAAGCCUCAGGCAAGUGGAUCUUGGGUGAAUGCUGAUGAGGUUGAAUUUGUCUUGAACUUGUAUCACAAGUUGGUGAGCCGAUAUCCAGAGCUUAAAUCUAGUAAUAAGUUUGCAAUUAUAACUACUUACCGUGCACAAGUAGAUCUCUUGAAAGAACGUUUCAAAAGUACUUUCGGAGUGGACUCUGAGAAAGAAGUGGAAAUCACUACUGUUGAUGGUUGCCAGGGACGUGAAAAGGAGGUUGCAAUAUUUUCUUGUGUCAGGGCAAGCAAGGAAGGAGGAAUUGGGUUUGUGGAAGAUUUUCGGCGAAUGAAUGUUGGGAUUACUAGAGCAAAAGCAUCUAUCCUGGUGGUUGGAUCUGCAUCAACAUUGAGGAGGAGUGAUAGCCAUUGGAAUAACCUAGUGGAAAGCGCUGAAAAGAGACAAUGCUUAAUUAAGGUUUCGAAGCCAUAUACCGCGUUUUUCAGUGAUGAGAGUCUGGAAUCUAUGAGAACCAAGGAAGAAAUCAUGCCAAGCGAGGAAGUUCAAAAUGAUGAAUUAGAUUACAGCAUGCCUACCUACACUGUUGGGGAUGCUGAUGAAGUGCAGGGAGAUGACAAUGGCUAUGGUGACGGGGACGAGAUGGACAUGGAUGAUGGAGGUUUUGGAGAUGACUGAGUCCACGUGUUGCUUGGUUAGUGUUUCAUGAUCAGGCUAGGCAGCUUGUUCUGUAGGCCUUGACUUCUGUCAGCCACUAAGAUGCUUCAACACCCACUAUACUUUUGUACAGCAAUUGACAUGGUCAGCAAUUCUAAUUUCCAAAAAUCCUGUCUUCUUUGGACUUCGUCCUGCCAGUUAACUUACAAAUGAAAAAAGAAAAAACAAAGACUUCAUAGAUACAACGCCAACGCUGAAUGUUUAAACACAAUGUUCUUACAUAAAUAUAGAUGAGAUUCGCCACAUUUAUUAUUGAUAGACUGAUUGAUUGUGUGUUCUGGUUCCA